AUGCCCCUAGCCUCUAUAAACCUCAAGAACACACACGACAGCUCGAUGCUAGGGCGCGGAAGUGUCAGCUCUUUCAACAACCUGCUCCAAUUUCCCGCCUCAAGCUGUGAACGCAUUGGCCUUCCUAUGACCGACCAAUGGACAACGCUGAGCAGUCGUGCUAGAAAGUGGCCUUGCGAUCUGAUGAUCGAGAUGGGAAUUCACAACUUUGAGAACAUAAGUUUUGGGGGGUUUCACCAGGUAGGUGCUCGUGGCGGGUGGUGUGAUGGCUAUGCUACCAUUCAGGCGAAUGUUGCAACUUUUGAAGCCCCUCUCAUGGUUGCCUCGAAGAAGGCGUCAAGACUGCAACAAAACUCGAAACUUUGGAUCCGCUUCUAA